AUGUCGCGACACCGCAUGAAAACAGUGAGCUACGACGACGAUUUCGACGACGACGACGGUUACGAUUCUCCCGAUCCAGAAGAGCAGGAGCUCCUCGAACAGUGUACGAAAGAAGUACUUGGGCAGCUUCGCUCGGGGGAACCGUCGGUGACGGCGACGAGGGAUGAGGUCCAGGAGGCACUUUGGCAUUACUAUAACGACGUGGAGAAGUCGGUGAACUAUUUGAGAGGGAAGAAAGUAAAGGAGAUUCAGAAGAAGCAGACUCCUCCCGCAACGGCGAAGCCAAAAGUGCCUGCAUACCCCAUUCCAACCCCGACUACAUCUCCGCAGAUCGCGCACUUCUCAGCGGCAGAGUUCUUUCGCGAUUCGCCAUGGUUGAAUGUACCUCCACAUCGUAAGGCCGACAUCCUUGUGGAGCCUUUAUAUCCUCGAAUGGGUCUUUUGGGCGGAGCUCCAGAGAGCGGUGGGAAAGUUUCCAAACUGGCUGCGUUGGCUGCUGCGCGGAAGAAGAAAGAAGGGGAGAAAACGCCUGCAGAAGCAACACCGGCUGUCGCUACUCCGAGCGUUGAUAAGACUCCUGAGACACCUGCUGCGGAGGCAAAACCGAGUCCGUUGUCGCUGCGUGAGAGACUGGCCGCGAAUGAUAAGCCGCGAAAGCCAUCGAAUGGUAUAUCGACACUUCGCUCCCUUGGCAAAGGUAGUCCUGCACCUUCGCCGCUGAAGAAAUCAAGACCCGAGCCAGCGAAGCCCGAAGUUUCCACAGAGCCUGGGCCGGAAGAACCGGUAAAGAAUGACCAGGCGGAUCACAAGGAAAAAGAAGAGCCUAAGGUGAACAUUCGUGCGCCACCAUCCGGCUUUGCGAGCACGAUUGUCGGAGACAGCACACGUCCGAUGAUGACCGGGCCCAGCCACUUGCACUCGAACACCGCUGAUUUGAUACGAAUUUACGGUGAAGAUCUUACUGAACCUUUUGACUUUGCAGGCCCCAGUCCCGACGAUGUAGUUAUGAACGCACAGAGCUCAGCAAAAGGCUUCAAGUCGAAACAGCCUGCGGCCAAGUCAGCAGGCGAUAAGAAGGCCCAGGGCGAUCUGGCAGGUGGCAUGGGCAACUUGAGUGUUGCGGAGAAGGUGAACGUGAAAAGCAAAAACCUUGAUGUGUUGUCGGAGUACAAGAAGUCAAAUCGAAAGAAGAGUGCCAAUUUUGUGGUUAUUGGCCAUGUUGAUGCCGGAAAAUCUACGCUUAUGGGACGCUUACUUGCUGACCUGAAAGCCGUUGAUCAACGGACGUUAGAGAAAUACAAACGGGAGGCGGAGAAGAUCGGGAAAGGGUCAUUUGCUUUGGCUUGGGUGCUGGAUCAGGGUACCGAAGAGAGAGCCCGUGGUGUAACCAUCGACAUUGCAACCAACAAAUUCGAGACGGAAAAAACCGCUUUCACCAUCGUUGACGCUCCGGGCCAUCGGGACUUUGUGCCCAACAUGAUUGCUGGGGCCAGUCAGGCGGAUUUUGCGGUUCUUGUCAUCGAUUCUAGCACAGGAAAGUUUGAGUCGGGGUUGAAGGGCCAGACUAAGGAGCAUGCGUUGUUGGUGCGGAGUAUGGGGGUUCAGAAAAUCAUUGUUGCUGUGAACAAGAUGGAUUCGGUGCAAUGGGACAAAGAGCGCUUUGACGAGAUUGAGCAACAAGUUUCGUCGUUUUUGACCGCUGCCGGAUUCCAACCCAAGAACAUCGCGUUUGUUCCUUGUUCCGGUAUUCAGGGUGACAACAUCACUCGACGCAGCGAAGAUCCCAAUGUUUCGUGGUAUACUGGACGGACCUUGGUCGAUGAACUGGAGACUUCGGAGCGUUACUCGCAUGCACUGGAUAAGCCACUGCGGAUGACGAUCGCCGAUGUUUUCCGGGGUAGCGUGCAAAACCCUCUAUCGAUCUCAGGCCGCGUCGAGGCGGGCAGCUUGCAAGUAGGCGACGAAUUGCUCACGAUGCCCAGUGGAGAGAAAGCGACGAUCCGCAGCUUGGAGGUUGACGGGGACGUUAGUGAUUGGGCUGUGGCAGGUCAGAACAUUGUCUUGAACUUGGCAAACAUCGACCCUGUGCACCUCCGGUCUGGAGACGUCAUUUGCCAUUCCUCGUCGCCCAUCCAGAACAUCACCAGCUUCACGACCAAGGUGCUCGCAUUCGAACAUUUGAUGCCCAGCAUGGUUGACAUCCACCGCGGUCGUCUUCAUGUGCCAGGACGGAUCAGUAAGCUGGUUGCAACCCUGGACAAAGGGUCUGGCGCGUCUGUCAAGAAGAAGCCAAAGAUCGUGGCACCUGGUUCAGUGGCUCGGAUUGUAGUCGAGAUGGACCAAGGAGUUCCUCUGGAGGCGCCUACGCGGGUUGUUCUACGUGCCGGAGGGGAGACUGUGGCGGCGGGAUUGCUUGAAUAG